UUAUUUUUAAACUAAAAAAAAAACAAAAACUGCUAAAUAAAAUUAAGAGCUCUGAGAACAAUAAUUAAAGAGCUACGAAAUGUCCAAGUCGAACGCCGAUUUUAGUGCGUUCGACUUUAAUGACAGCUCGGAUAAUUCAGAUGUUGAAACACGAGGGCCCUUUCUCAGUCGUGUUGCGCUCGGCAACAGUAGUAAAAGUUUGACGGGCAGCAGUAACAAUAUCAACAAUGCCAACAACAACAAUCUUAGCUCAGGACAUCAUAAUACGAAUCAACAACAACAGCAGCAGCAACAUCAACAUCAACAGCAGCAACAACAACAUCUCAACAAUUCAAGUCAUUUAUCCAGUAGUGCUUCCAACAGUAGUGCAUCGAGUAGCGAAGAUGAAGGAGAAACAAAUGAUGAUAAUGUUGUUACCACAACAGCUGAACAACAGCAACACCAGCAACAACAGCAACAACUCCUACUGCAACAAAGUCAAAGACAACAGCUACAUGAAGCCAUUAAUGGCAAAAACAUUAACGAACAUCUCCACGACAACAAUAGCAACAGCAGCACAAGUAGCAGCAGUAGUAGUAGCAGUACUGCACCUAGAGGCACUAGAGGAGGGGUGGGCAAUGUUGGCAAUAGUAGUUGCAUUAAUAAUACGCAACAACAUCAACAAAACGCCAGUGGCAGUAAUGCUCAACAGUCUCAUAAUUCAGAUGUCUUGUUAAUGGCCGCCAUGGGUGCUAGCAGUGGUCCAACAACAACUACAGCAGCAAACGGCUUAACAGACGAUAGUAUAGUUGCCACAUCAGUGGGUAGCAACAAUAAUAUGGAUGGCAUGGAUGCCAGAGAUGGUAGUGGAGGUUUAGCCUCAGGUCUCACAGAAUCGAACACCACAAACCAUAAUAAUACCAACAGCAACAACAACAUAAGUAGUAGUAGUUGCAAUGUUAACAGUUUGCUCGACUCGGCUCUAGCAGGUGGUGGUAGUGGUGGUGGCGCUGGCGGCAUCAACAGUCACAUUCAAAACAAUGGACACUCGAAUGCAAGCAGCCACUGCAAUGAAUUGGUACGCAGCAGUAGUAGUGCCAGCUUAAGCAAUGCCAGUCUCAAUCAUCAUGCGGGCAUGGGUGGUGGCGGAGGCAGUGGCAGCAUUGUGGGCGGUGGAGGCUCCAAUGCUGGUGGUGGCGGAGGCGGUGGAGGCGGCGGUAGCCUUUGCGGUGUACCCUCCUCGGCCUCCAGCUAUGCACUAUCUGCUGCCGAGCGUAAGAAAUAUCGUCAUCAGAAUUUCAGUAAAAACAUCUAUAUUGGUACGAAAAAUGCUGAGAAAUGGGAGUAUAUGCGGACACGAUUACAUUUUAAAAAUGAUGUCGAAUUUGUGGCAUAUCUACUGAAUUUAGCCGAUAAUGAUGGCGAACGUUUGGCAAAUCUUCCUCCUCCCUCAGCUUCGACAACACCUACCAAGUCCUUCGAUAGCAAUUUCAAACUUGAACCAAAUUUAAGUGCUAAAGAAUUCGGUAGUAAUAGUCAGACAGGUGAAAAUGGUGGUGCUGUGAGUUGUGGCGGCGGUGGUGGUGAUUCCCAGCCACCACCCGUCAAACGAAAAUACAAAAAACGUGUACAAUUCAAUGACAACCUAAAUGGCCUGGCUAAAUUAAAGAAUUUUUCAAAUUUUGCUUUAAAAGCUAAAAAACAUUUGGCAGGCGAUAAUGGGAGUGGUGCGGGUGGUGGAGGUGGUGCUACGGGUAGUGGUAACGGUACUAGUGGCGGCAGUGUGGCAGGUGAUAACAAUGUUAGUGCCAGUGGUACGGGUGAUGUGUUGCCGGAAGUGUUGGACUGUCGCAUAGCAGAAAAAAUCAAAAGUGAAAUGGAAGAAAAAUCAGCAUCUAAGGAAUCAUUGGCCUUGUGCCUCAAGAAAAACGAUGGCUAUGGCGACGAUGAGGAUGAUGAUGAAGAUGAUGCCGGCACCUCGGUGACCGGCGAUGGUGUGGAUGGUUUGAAUGGUCCCAACAGCGGUUUUCGUAUGCGCCACAAAAACAAACGAGGACCCAAGAGCAUGAAUCCUCCCGGCUCCUAUAUAGAUGACGACGAGGAAAUUGGCGAUGUCAGUGAGGACGAUGAGGAAGACGAGGAAAUGGAUGAGGAGGCUUUGGCGCGAGAAAUGAAAAGUGAACAGAAUUUCGUGGAGGAAGAAGAUGAACUUGACAUUGCCUUUCGUUCGCAUCAAUCAUGUCGAGAGUGUUCUUUGGCUCACGAUUACAAGGUAUGUCCGUUACGCACUUCCAUAGGCACCGUAACGGAUGCUGUCGACUUGGCCGAAUGGGUGGAACGUAAGAAUCUAGAGGCUCUGGCAAAACUCAAGUGUGAUGCUCAACGUCAGGCCAAGCAACUGCAUGGUGAUGAUGACGAAGACAUGGAUGAUUCCUCCCAACUGUCCGAUUUAGAACUAAAGCCGUUAAUAACAUUUGCCGAGGCCUCCGUACCAGCUGAAUUCGAAUUGCACAAUGUGGAGCCAAAUGUCACGGGUGUAUUUGCUCGCACCGAGGUGAGGUCAUUCACCAAACUGGGUCCCCUUAUAGGACAGUCUGUACAAUCCACCGAUAUACGUGAGGCCAGUGAUAUGAAAUGGAUAUUUGAGAUUUGUGAAGCCGGUGCUGAAAAAUCACAAUUUCUCUUGUGUGAUAAUCCGAACUCAUCGAAUUGGUUGCGCUACAUAAGACCGGCGCCGACAUACGACGAGCGUAAUGUGAAUUUAGUGUUUAUAGAGUCGCAGGCGUUUUUCGUGACAUGCAGGGAUUUGAAAAAUGGUAUGGAAUUGCUGUAUUGGAGUGAUGACUGCAAUACCAUGUGGCGUAAGAAACAUUGGUCGGAGAAGACAAAUUGUGGCGGCUGCAAUUUGAAAUUUGAUCAUCCCCUUUACUAUCGCACCCAUUGCUCGGUGUUCCAUGACCCAACGAUGAGUCUGACAAUACGCAAGUAUCAUUGUAAAGUGUGUGGCGAGGCGGUAUUGGGUAAGGACAAUAUUAUGAAACAUGCGGCGGAAAAACAUGAUGGCAAAGGUGCACAUCAGUGUCAGUUUUGCAACAAGUUCUUUUUGCGUCUCAGUUAUUUGGAAAUGCAUCGCACAUACGGUUGUGCCGCAAAUCCGAAUCGUACACGGCCUAUAUGUGAUUUUUGUGGUCGCAAAUACUAUCGACCACAAAAACUGAAAGCUCACAUUAAGCGUAUGCACAGUGAUGUGGCUGAUGUUUUACGAGAUUUUCAGUGUAACUUAUGUUCAAAACUUCUAGGCUCACGGGCAGCAUUGCAGCGUCAUGCCAAGGAGGUGCACAGUCGCAACUCGACAGUGGUUAGUUGUCCCAGAUGUCAGAAGCUCUUCCAGAAUCGCAGCAAUUUGAAGAUACACAUGCUAACGCAUUCCGGCGUGAGGCCAUUUAAAUGUUCGGAAUCGGAAUGCAAUGCCGCCUUCACCACCAAACAGUGUCUGCAAUUCCAUUACAAGAAGGUACACAACUAUUCCCAGGAACAAAUGCCGAAAAUUGAACGUAGUGUCGCUUACACAUUUGAUGCUUAUUCGGGUGGUAUGAAAGUUGAUUUCUUGGAACAAGCUCCCCGUAGAAGACGCAAGAGUUUGGAAGAUCAAAAUUCGGUUAUGAGUUCAAGCAUACAAAGUGAUGCUGAAUUUUCGGAUGACAACAUUUUCGAAGCCAUUAAAAAGUCCGGCAAAUCUAUUAAGGAUCUGUGCCGUAAUGAACCCAAUUUAUCACUGCUAUCCUCGAAAAUCUCCAGUAUAUUUGGUGAGAAACCACCACCACGCAAGAGAGGCCGCAAACCCAAAGAUUACCAUCUAAUGGAGCAGCAGGAGCAAGAACAUAUGGAGCAAAUGAGACGCAAACAAAAUGCUCAAUUAAGUUUAGUCGAGUCCUUCUUAACAACCACCGCCCAACGUUUGACGGCCCAGCAGCAAGUGCAACAAGUUGUGGCAGCAGCUGCUGCUGUCUCAGCAAUGACUGGAGCUGCAGCUGAAGAUCCCACUAGUAAGAUGACGCAUAUGAUGACUGGUAUAAAUACCCAGCAUAUGGGCAUGAGCCAUCAUCACCACCAAUCAGCCAUGGGUCAUGAUGAAGAAGACGAAGAAGAGGACGAUGAGGAAGAGGAACAUGGCCACCAUGGUCAUCAUGGUGGCCAACAAAUGACCCAUGACAAUAACGGUUAUCGCCAUAAUCCGGGCAUGAAUGCCAUGGGUCAAAAUCUGGUUGUGAGUAAAGGAAGUAAAAAGUGGAUCAGUGAUGAUGAUCGUCAUUUGUCUAGAGACUGUGCGGUAGGUGAAAUGGGCGGUGCAACUGGCAUGACAACGAAUCAAAAUUCAUGCGGCAUGUCAGGUGGUGGCAACAAUGAUAUGGCCUUGCCACCAUUUGCUGUGCCACAGAGUAAUAACGACGAUCCCACAAAACUGAUGGGUUCCAAUAGAGAUUUCCUUUCACGACUCAUUAAUUCUGCCAAUCCCUCUCACAACCAUCACACGGGCAAUACACGAGAAGAAGACGAAAAUUCUUCAUUCUUAGAUGUUGUCGAAUCUAACAAUGCUGCUGCAAAUGGCCAAAUGUCUCAGUAUCAUCACAAUUCAGGAAAUAAUGCUGGUGCUGGAGCAGCUUCCAAUGGUGGCAAUGCUGUGACAAAUCCCAACAACGGUUUGGGUGCCGCAAAUGGCUCGGCUAACAAUCAAGGUGAAAAUAGUCAGAUGUCGAUGAAUUCUUUGUCACAAUCUCAAGCCUUUAUGAGUUCAUUUUAUAAUAAUGCAAAUGCAAGACUGAGUGGUACCGGUACGGGAUCAUCUUCCUCGGCCAGCAUGUUGGUCGAGGCAGCUUUAAAUUCUGUUGGCAACAUGAUCGACAAUGAUAAUAAUGACUUGAAAGUUCCCACCGAAAACAAUAUAAACACCGAUAGUCCCAUGAGUUCUCAUGUCGAUUCCGAAACGAAUCGUUUUAAUGCCUCAAAUCCCAUGGAUAACUUGGAGAGUGAAUUGAAAAUGAUGAAGAACUUAAAUAAUUUCCCCAUGCAAAUACCACCACUGCCAAUGUUUCCGAACCAAGGCAAUAAUCUUAAUUCUUGUAACAUAUCGCCCAGUGCUUCAACGCCAACAAAUCCCCGAAGCAACCAAAACAAUGAAGUGGAUGUGGAUGCCGGUUCUACGCCACGGGCACAACACAUGGGCAAUGCGGGCAAUAAUGAUGCAGAUCCAUUUCCGUCAGCGGCCCAACACCGUACACCACCGUCACCCCAACCCAUUUCUCCCGGCCGAGAUUAUAGCAUGUUUGGCAAUAAUCCUGGCUCAAAUGGCGGUACUCCCGGUGGUCCUGGUACAGCGGGUAGUAAUAGCAGUGCUAAUAGCACGGGGGGCAAUAGUAGUAAUAACAACAUAUCAGCCUCUUCACCAUUACCCGCUGCUCUAGCUCAAAAUCAACGAAGAAAUGCUUCCAGUGUGGGUAGUAGUUAUCCGGAACAUGAACUCAUUUCACCGGCUUCCUCACCUUCAAUACCACGCUAUAAUUUCAAUAAUGGUGAUGUUAUGCGCCACAAGCAAAGAUCUGACUCGGAGAAUGACAGGCGGCAGGCUUUAACUGGAGGCCAUAACCAUUUGUCAAGUGAUGAAGAGAACAGUAUAAUGCCGCAGAACAGCGUGGGCCAGGAUAUGCGUAUGAAAUUCCCUCAAUCACAAAUGGAUUUGAUGUAUUCAAAAUACGAAAGUUUAGCCAAUUCCACAGCUUUAAAAUAUAACAAUCAAAAUAUUGAUUCACCCUCGGAAUAUCGUACCAGUAAUUCUGCAGCGACUGCCAGUUCAAAUAAUGACAUUUCCGAUUUGCAAGGACUGGAUAUGUCUUCGCGUUCGAAUGUCAGCUCUUCAAAUUAUCAUCACAAUUUCCAAUUGCCCAGUAAUAGUUCAUCCAAUUUACCAGGUAUAGGCAGAUAUCACCAUCACAUAUACGAUAUACUAUCGGAAAGAGAGCAGAAUCAACAGUCACAAGCCCAAAGUCAACAACAGCAUCAUAGUUCAUCUUCGGGUGGUUCUGGCUCGGCCUCACAACACCAGCAGCAAGAGCAUCCCAGCCAGUUAAGUAUGCAGCAGCAUCAAUCGGCUAUGCACAGCAUGCUUUCCGAUCAGCUGAACGAACAGGAACAUGAUCAAGCCACUUCGGUUGAUUUAAGUCGUACUGCCAACUAUGUGGUACCCUCCCCACCCCAACUACCCUACAACCAUCCACAUCAUGAUAUGUUGCGAAUGGCUUCAUUGGAUCUCACACCCAACACGAACAUGUCUGUGGGCAACAAUCGUUCAUUCCUGUCAUCGCAAAUGCAACACCAAAGCCGCGAAAGUCUAGAGCAUCAUCGUCUUCUUUCAACUGUCGAACAGCAUCGCAUAUUAGCUGCCUCAAAUGCUGCUGCCGCCGAUCAGCAUCGUCUGCUAGUUGAUCCCACAGCUCAUUUACUCAUGGAACAAAACAAUCGUUUAUUGGGUUCCGAUCAAUCCCGUCUAUUGGGUGAAACAGCUCAGAAUCGUCAUAUGGCUCGCGGUUUUGGUGCCUAUCAUCAAGUUGCCUCUAGUAAUUAUCACCCGGGCGUUCGACCACCAGUAUUACCGUCGGCUAAUCAUCAUGCUUCCAAUCCCUCAAACUAUCAUCCAUUCCCCGCAUACUAUUAGUUAAGGAUUUAAGGUAUGACGUGAAGUGAUGUGAUGUGUUACAAAAUGAAGUCUGCUUUAGGUAAAGAA